AUGUUUUCAAAUAGUCUUACCCAUCUCAACAUCUCUGAUUGUGGAUUAACAGGUAAAAUUCCUUCAGGAAUCUCACUUCUUUCUAAAUUGGUUUCUUUGGAUCUCACUUGGAAUGAUUUGAAGCUUGAACCUCAUCUUUUCUACAAUCUCCUCCACAACUCUAUUUCUUUGGAAGAGCUUUUGCUUAACGACGUUAGUAUCUCUUCAAUUUUACCCACUUAUCUUGAUAUCUCUUCUUCUAUGAAAUCACUCCAUCUUGGCUUCACCGGUUUGCAAGGUAAAUUACCUGAUAACAUCUUCAAUCUUCCGUAUUUGGAAGAACUCAUCUUGUCAUUUAACAUUAAUAUCACCGGUCAAUUACCAAAAGUUAACUCAAACACUAGCAUCCCUCUUAAGUGGUUAGAUCUUGCAAAAACCAACUUAUCAGGAGAAAUACUCGACUCAAUCAGCCAUCUCAAGUCUUUGAUUCACUUGGAUCUCUCAGGCACCAUCUUAUCAUCAAAAGAAAUACUCGACUCAAUCGGCCAUCUCAAGUCUUUGACAUACUUGUGUCUCUCUGAUUAUAGUUUGAUGAGUCCCCUUCCCAAAUCCCUAGUUAAUCUUAGGCACCUUACUAGUCUAUAUCUAUCACAUAACAAGCUUAAUGGAACGUUGCCUUCUUGGUUGUUUACCAUUCCCUCACUAGAAGCUAUCACUCUCUCCAACAACAUGUUCAGCGGGAGCUUACCAACAGAAUUGUUCAACCAUCAAUCAUUAAAGCGGUUAUCACUCAGAAACAAUCAUUUCGAUGGCAUGAUAGAUGUGCUUGAUCAAGGAUCCAUUCAACAAACAUUUCAGCAACUCCUGAACCUCACUUAUCUUGACCUCUCACAUAAUAAAUUUAGGGGUGUAUGGGAGUUGGAUACUUUAUUAUCAAGCCUUAGGACCCUUGAAUAUCUCUUUCUCUCGUAUAGUGGUUUAUCUGUUAUAACCAAUAAUGYCRGUCGCUAUGUCAAUCCUAAUGUUCAAGGCAUGUGGUUAGCAUCUUGCAAGAUAAAGGUGUUUCCAGAGUCGUUACGAGCCAUGAGAAAACUUCAAGUUUUAGAUCUAUCGAGAAAUGAAAUCGAUGGCCACAUUAGGGAGCUAGGAGGAAAUGAACUACUUUACUUGGAUCUCUCGCAUAACAUCAUAACARGGCCAUUCCCUCCAUCAAUUUGGAACAUGGACAAUCUACGAUAUUUUGAAUCUGUCCAAUAA